GCGCUCCCGCGCAGAGCCAGGCUUCGGGGAGCUCGGAUCGCAGACCAGCGACAGCGGGGGAGAGAGAAAGAUGGAGGUGCGGGUCGUGGACAGACUCGCGUGCCUGGCCGCGCUGUGCAGCCUCCUCUGCGUGGACACGGUCCUCGGGAAAUACGUGAAAGGCAUCGUGAAUACCAAAGAGGACUGGGUUUUCCUCACUCGCUUCUGUUUUCUCACCGACUUUGGCCGUUUGGACUUCAGGUUCCGAUAUCCAAAGUCGCGCUGCUGUCAGAACAUACUGCUCUACUUUGAUGACAGUUCUCAGUGGCCAGCUGUGUACAAAAGGCCUGAAAAGAACUGCUACCAGAAGGAGGCAGUGCUGAGGCCCGAGAACAACCAGGUCAUCAACCUCACCACACGCUACACCUGGUCUGGCUGUGUGGUGGAAGGAGACGGGAGCGAGGAGGUGCUGAGCUGCGUGGGUGGUCGUAGUUUCCGCUCAGUGAGGGAGCGAUGGUGGUACAUCGCGCUCAGCAAGUGUGGGGGCGAUGGCCUGCAGCUGGAGUACGAGAUGAAGCUGACCAACGGCCAGUCGUUCUGGACGCAGCACUUCUCUGCGGACGAGUUUGGAAUCCUGGAGACAGACAUCACAUUCCUGGUCAUAUUCUCCACGGUGUUCCUCCUCUCCUGCUACUUUGCCUACAAUCUGAAGGGAAGACAGCUUCUUCACACAACCUACAAAAUGUUUAUGACGGCGGCAGGUGUGGAGGUGCUCAGCCUGUUGUUUCAUUGUGUCUACUGGGGCCUGUAUGCAAGAGAUGGAGUUGGCAACGGCAGCUUUAAAAUACUCGGGAAAUUACUGUUCUCCAUCAGUUUCUUGGUGUUCCUUCUCAUGCUCAUUCUGCUGGGCAAAGGCUUCACUGUCACCAGGGCGAGGAUCAGCCACAGCGGCUCGGUGAAGCUCAGCAUUUACAUGACGGUCUACACCAUCACAUAUGUCAUUCUCUUCAUCUACGAGGCAGAGUUCUUUGACCCAGGUGAAGUGCUGUACGCCUACGACAGCCCCGCAGGUUACGGACUGAUGGGCCUGCAGCUGCUGGCCUACGUGUGGUUCUGCUACGCCGUGCUGGUCUCCCUGAAACACUAUCCAGAGAAACAACCCUUCUACGUCCCUUUCUUCACCACGUAUACACUAUGGUUCUUCGCGGUGCCUGUUAUGGCUCUGAUCGCCAACUACGGGAUUCCUCGCUGGGCCCGGGAGAAGAUCGUCAAUGGCAUUCAGCUCGGCAUCCACCUCUACGCCCACAUCGUCUUCCUUGUUAUCACAAGGCCCUCUGCAGCCAAUAAGAACUUCCCGUAUCAUGUUCGAACAUCUCAGAUUGGGAUCCUGUUGUCCAGUCCUAAGGGUGGUGAGGGGGCAGAGAGUUUCCCCCAUCAUGCUUAUGGAAACAGCUCCUUCCUGGGAGAUUCACAACCUAACUUCACUGAACUCUUCUCCAUCCAAUCAGAUCCAGUGAAGACGGUGGAGGAGACGGUGGCCUGUAAAGGACCAGAGGUGCCAAGGAACAGUGAGCAGAAGAUCAUCACCACCGCCGCUGACUUGACAUCGAUAUUGCCUCCGCCUCCGAUACCCCCCCGCCCGGCCACCCGCUCUCCCCCGCUGCCCCCUCGGCUCCCGUCCUUCACAGAAUACUUCAGCAUGCAGAGCGGUGGCGGCGGAGCCGGUUUCGGAACGAAGGCGUGAGGCGGCGAGAAGGUCAGGACAGAGGGGAGAUGAGAGGAGGUGUUGAAGGACAGAAUGACAGUGCAAGUAAGAGGAGAGUAGGAAAUGGGGUGUCACUGUGUAAAAACAAAGGGGAUAGCUGGAAAAAAAAGUUUGAGAGAUUGGAAGCACAAAGCCGUGAAUAAAUCCCUAAAUGGUAGCUUUUUUACUUACAGUGAGAGGGUCGUGCUGAGCUUGUUCAAGAAUAAAGAAGCAAUACAUUUUUGAUGCUGACCAGUGAAAGUCACACAGGGAGACACAUGACAAAAUGGAUGUAGCCAGAGCAAUAGAACGAUAACUGUGCAAGAAGCAGAAGUGAACAAAAUUCUUAAAAUACCUUUGCUCAAAUAUGUAUGAGGCAGUGAUGGCGUGUGCACGGGAGAGUGUGUAAAUAGUUCAAACUGAGAGAGCUACCACUUCACAGAUACAGUACACACACACACAUAUAGAAGUGUAUGUUGUGUGUGUACUGUAUUUAGACUGUAUAUAGAAAGUAUAUAUAAAGUUUUAUUUCGUUAAGUUUAAGUUUUUUUAUGUGUUUGAUUUUUCCUCAUCAUGAAAUUCCAUUGAAACAAAUCUCAUUCCAAAUCCACAUUUUAAAAAAGGCCUUUUUUAUGUUUGGCAUAUUUUGAUAAAAUAUAGAUAUUUACUCUAUAUGGAGUUUGUUGGUUUAAUUUUUCUUCUAAAAUGUGUUUAUUACAGCCGGUUCUUCUGGUUUGAUAUGCUGAUGUGUAAAUGUAUAAUGUCAUGUUUAUUGUGGGCACUUCAAGGUAAAAAAAAACUAAGCAUGUUUGUAUUGUAUUUCCUGUCCAGAGCACUGAUAUACUAUGUAUUCCACGUGAUCAGACAAUAAUUGGCUUCCUGUGUGUAUUGACAUCUAUUCUUUUGUAAAUACAUACAAUAGACUUCAGUAUAUUGUUUUGACAGGACAUGUUCUGUUGUUUUUCCAAACAAAGCUUUUAUUGUGCUGUAGGAAAACAACAUAAAAUACUAUUCUGGUUUAAGGUGGAGUGCAGAAUAUACUGCACAUGCUCAAAAGUGUAAUUUCUAUGUAUGUAGAGGCUGGUGAAUGUAUUAAUGCAAUACAGGACAGGGAUGAUUUUCAAGUUACUGAAAUACUAUGGCUGGGUAUUUCCUACAAGCUCACGAUACAGAGGUUAAUGAUGUAUAUGUAAUGAUGAUAUAUAUUGUGCUACACAAUUAUUUUGAAUGGUGCCUUCCAUUUGUAGUCGGAACUACAAAUGGAAUGGUCCUUACACAGGGACGUCCCCUGAAUUCAGAUUUCCAAUCUGGCUCUCCAUCAAUAGCACUUCUGUCGUAUUUGUUUCACGUUGAAUCAGUCGUACACAUCGUUUUAUUCGAUUUUAUCUGUAGACGUGUUGCUAUGCUGUCAGUGAGCGCCAAAUACCGUACUUGAGUGGUUGUCAUUUGCGUUCAUUCAUUUUUCGUGACUCCCGACGCCAUUCCCGACUUCUGAUGUAAAUGGGACGCAACAAAAAUCUGCUUUAUUAAUCCUUAACAACACAGCAAUGGCAGUGGCCAUGUGGGACAUUUGCGGUGCAUCAUGUCAGUUGACUUCUGCUGCCACCCACUGGCUUUAUUUUACACUGCACCUUCGUGUCUCAAGACUACUAUCACAGCAUUUGCUGCCCUAUCGAUUCUGUCACAUCUGAAUCAAUACAUACAUAAUGCUAAACCCUAUGGAAAAGCAUAGUACAACUUUAUUGGACUCUCUAUUUAGCUUACAACUACAGCUGCAACGACUAAUCGAUUAUUCGAUCAAGAUUUUUUUCAACUUUUCUGGUUUUUCUUAAAUGUGAAUAUUUCCUGGUUUCUUUGCACUAAAGGAAUCAUUCAAACGGAACUAUUUUGUUUUGUGGACAAAACAAGACAUUUGAGAGCGUCAUCAUUUUUUAACAUUGUGUGUUUAUGGACCAAACAAAUAAUCUAUUAAUUGAGAAAAUAAUCCAAAGAUUAGUCGAUUAUGAAGAUAAUUAGUUAGUUAGUUGCAGCCCUACUCACAACCACUCAACUUUAUCCUCGCCCCGUCUCGUACCUGAAACAUGAAUUCAUUGCACUCAUCUACUCUUUGCACUUGCGGACUCAAAUCGUACGUAAAACGUUUCUAGUUUUGUAUCCUAAAUUUGAGCAAUGGCAAAAAAAAGAAAAGAAAACCUUGUAGAUUAACUGUGAAAACAGCAACACAACUGUACAUUGUGUCUGUCCUGCAUGGAGCACUUUAAUGUUCCUGGUCUUAGUCUCUUUAUCCGUGAUGAUGUCACCUCAUAACAUCCACCAGUAUUCCAGUUGCUUACACUUGUAAAUGUGUUUUGUUACAAAAUGUCUCAAUAUAAUUUCAUGUUGAGUCACUGAGUUCACCACCAGCUACUGGCAUUUGAGAAACUGCUAAUGGGGAAAAAGAAUUUCUGAAAUGACACUAACACAAGCAAGUUAAUGAUUUUUUUGAUUUUCUUUUGUGGUAUUUGGUGAAUAAUAUACAGAUUGUAGGGCUGAACACUUUUGUUAUAAUAUCUAGUUGAGGAGAUUUGAUAUGUGUUUAAAGACUGCCUAAGUUCAGUGUUACUGUGUAGAAGAUUUAAAACACGAUGGAGCAUCACCAUCAGAACAUUAAAGGAACAGUGUGUUGGACUUAGUGGCAUCUAGGGGUGAAGAUACAUACUGCAACCAGCUGAAAUACAAGACUCAGUAAAAGAGAGGGAUAACAAACCCCACAUUUCUUAAUUUUCAGGUGAUGAUAAAAGAUAAACUGGAGGAACGGCCCUCAGAUUCUUUUUCGUCUUCUUCUUGCAUAUUUGGCACAUAUUUAUUUUGAGUUUGAGGACCUGGUCAAAGCAGCCUGGAGCUUUAUUUUUAAAUAUUGUAUUUCAUUUUUCUUGACAUAUACUCUUAAAUUCUACACACUGCACCUUUAACAGUUCUAUAUUCCAAUACCAAGUUAAAGAUGAAUUCAACAUGAGAACAUAGAACAAUCAAAUCACAGCCUUUGUGAUUUUGCUAAUGUUUCAGAUUAUGUUCAGCCCCGUGUACCAGUGGAAAUGUUGCUGUAAUGGAGUACUUUAGGAUGUUAGGACUGCGUGUUGUGUCUAUCGUAAGAGUGUUGCUAGAGAUGUAACUUGAUACUUGAUUUAGAGUAUUAGUCGUUCUUUCUGAUUAUGUGUGUGCUUUAUAUUCGGCAUGUCUGCCAUUUUGUCUGCUGUUUCCUGACGCUACAGUUGCCAUGACUCCACAGAACAGACGUUGGAGGACUUGACUGACAUACCUUGUUGGUCACUGCUCUGACUGUGCAGAUGUGGACAUUAACACAGGGGUUCUCAAAUGUUUUGGGGCGAGGGACCUUCAGGUGCACCACAUGCGUCUGCCAUGGCCGACUUCGUAGCAAAAGUCACUGAUGUUACUGAAGCAAUGGCGACUUGUAGGGUGCACUCUCUCCUUAUUUGACCAUGUAUUGUUUGAGCUUAUAGCCUCAAUCUGCCCAAGAACGCCUUUUUUUGGCCAACUACAGAAUCUCCUAAACAGGGAAACAAUCACAUAGGGAUUAACACGAUGAUAACAAAUAAUCAACUUCUAACAGCGUUUGUAUACGUCCAACAUGGUGGCCAUGGUCUUUUGAUUCGGCGGUCGCUUCUAAGUGACUUUGAGUGAAUUGAUUUUUUUAAUCCCUGCAGAACGAAACUAUUUUGAUGACGUAUGCAGAGGUUGAUGCGCUCUGCAUACGUCAUCCAGAUCACUGGUCUCAUUGGUUGGAGCUCUAUCCAAUUGCGUACAGAGGCAUUGUGAUCUGCGUCUGUUGGUGACAUCUCUUGGAAUUGGGAGGUGACUACACCCACACCCAUAGACCCUUCACUGAAAGAACUGUUGUCACCUCUGUGUUAAAACUACAUAUCUGGUUGCAUGUCUUUGGCGUGUGGCAGUAAUCUGGAGGUUGACAGUGUUACCCCAUCAGGCAUCAUUUGGAAUGUAAGACGCCCAGUGUUGCCCCCUCUGAACCCCACUUUGAGAACCACUGCAUUACUGUGACAGGACUUAGACACACACUUAAAGAGAUUAUGUAUGCAUGACAGAAAACAGCACAGCUUUUCAGAGCGAUCUGGUUAAGAGCACAUCACUGAAGCACUGUUCAGAUGCAUUUUAAUGGUGUCAAAUGACUAUUCUAAAUACGCUGUACAUAUACACUUUUUGCCAAAAUAAUAAAAAAUAUUGUUUUAUUAGAAGG